AGAGCAGCAGCAGUGCAUUAGGACUAGACCGGCAAACAAGAAAGCAUACUUUGUGUUUCGCUUCCUUCUUUUAAGAAAAUAUGGAGCUGUUUUGGGUGAUCUUGUGUUGCAUAUUGUCGGUUGUCCAAGCGAGUUGCACAGUAGACAGUAAAUCAGAGGAAAAAUACAAGGUACUGUUGGACCCGUUGAUAGGACAAACAGUAACCGUUAAAGACCAACCUAAAGACUGGCAGUACACCAUCAAGUUCUGUGAAGGGGUGGAAGGUCAAAAGACUCAAGAUGUUGGCGUUCUUCAAACUUCUCUAAACAAAAGCAAAAGCAAUGAAACACAUGUGGUUGGAAAAAUAUCUUUCGUGGAUAUUAAAAAAGGAAAUGAUUGGAUCCUACUUACCUAUAAAAAUGGUGACACUUACGGAGGGCACUGUGGGGGUGAGGCAAGGCAAGCUCACAUUAUGCUCCUCUGCAACACUAAGACUCUUGUGGGUAAUUCAGCUGUUAUUGAGGAGAACAGAGACAAGCAAAAGGAUUGCUCCUAUAUAUUUGAGAUCAGUACUUCAGCGGCAUGUACGGUAUCCACUGUUUCACCCAUAGAAGGUCUGAGUGUCGGAUCUGUACUAGUCAUUAUAACUUUGAGUGUUAUCGUAGCCUACCUCCUCCUAGGUUUCUUGUAUCAACGCUUUCUUAUAGGUGCGAAGGGUAUCGAGCAAUUCCCAAAUAUAUCUUUCUGGAGGGAUUUCGGAAACCUUGUAGCCGAUGGAUGUAACUUGGUGUUUCGGACAAGUCCUCCCCGGGAAUCACGGAGUUACAAAGGCCUCGGCGACGACCAACUAGGAUUCGAUGAAGAUGAAGAGAGGGAUGAUCACAUGUUACCGAUGUAGCAAGCUGAUUGGUUUGUUGUGUGUUUUUUCUUUAAAUCUGGUAAGAGAGCUGUUCACUUUUUGUUGUCCGUAUGGAUCUUGUCAUGAGGGGUAUGAACUUUUUUUUUUUUUAUCUAGUUGGUUUGAGCUAACAAAAAAAGUACUUUUCAAGGAUUUUUUUAUUUACGUUAAUUAUGUAGCUAUUUUUAUUUUUAUUUUAGUGGUUUAUUAUACGAAAGGAAUAUACAUGAUGGUUUUGGCCCAAGCUGUAUUUUUAAUCUAAAUUCUACUCGUAUACUCUUAUAUUUAUAAGACUUCCUACAGUUCUACCAUUGAAUAAUCAUCCACCGUGGCUUUCGCCUAACCUUUGCUUAGAAGUUAAUUGUGAAACACAGUUGAGAUAUAACUCUUCAAAUGUGAGAUCGGCGCUCAGGAGUUAGUUCAAGUCCUGGUGAUUGUUCCUCUAAUUUUAAAAUGAGGCUCCCACAUGUUUUGCAGUAAUAUUCCAGCGUUCAUAAUUGAUCCUAUUAUUUGAAUGUCAGUUUCUUGUGCAAUCUUUUAGGUUAUAAUUUGGGGUGUUUUGUGGAUUUAAAAUAGAUAUUAAAUAUCAAAAAAGGUGUCGAUAAGCAAGGAUGAUAGAUGAACAAUAAAAAAGAAAUUGUUAUAUAAAUUCACAAAGUAAUUAGUUCACAAAAUUCCACAAGAAUUAGUUACACACUGUAAAAGAUUGCUUGUAUACAUUCUUAUUUUGUGAAUGCAUACAGCUUAGACUCUAGUCCUUGGCCUAAUUCCAUAGAGCUCCUUUAAAGGGAAGGUACACGUUUGGUAAUUACUCAAAACAAAUAUUAACUUAAAGGGAAGGUACACGUUU